AUGAGCAUUUUCCAACAGUUCAUCACCUCCUCCUUGAUGGUUGUAUUCUUCGCCGGACUGGCUUCGGCGAAUUGGGACCCCGCAACGGGCCACCUUUAUAACUACAGACCCUCCAAGAGCUGGAUCAGUCAGCAAAAGGGCGCGAGAUGUUUCAAAGACGUCCAAGUCGCCGAAUGUGCUCAAAAUACUAGGCUGUCGUAUCCACAUGUGCAAUUGUUUGCUACUUUCGAAGUCGAGCACUCCAAAGACAAGAACCAUGGAUGUCCUUACGGUACCUGCUGCGGUUUCUCCGAUUUGCCAUCGCCAUCCGACAUGGAAGCCGACGAGGCUAACUAUCACUCCUUCUUUUGGCAUGAUCUCGGUGGGAUCUCAGGCCCUGGUACCAACCCAAUCGCUAAUCCUCAGACGGGUGCUUUCGGGUACGAAAGCAGCGCUGGAAAGUAUCAUGAAGGCAAAGCCGAUGUUUCCAACAUGCAGAAAGGCCACGACUCCAACUAUCCCGGCUUCAAGCUGCCACCCGCCUGGUCACAUUUCAACUAUCCUACUGGUGCAUCACAGUCGGGACAGCCUAAGUGUGGAACGGCUGAUGGAGAAAAUUUGGACCCUGGACAAAAGCCCGGAAGCUAUGGAAACUAUAAACCAUCCCGAGGCAGCUCCAAAACUUCUCCCGACAACAGUGGCUCUUACACUUCCCGCCACAACCGUGGAUCUUACACUUCUCCUGACAACAGUGAUUAG